GAAUGGUGUGCAGAAGACAAAGGCAUGUCAGCACCCCAUUUCUCAUUUCAUCGGCUAUGAGCUCCAAGGAAGAUCCAUCAUUUCAUUACCAUCAGUGAAGGACGCCAUUACCGGCGGUGCCAAGACACCUAACCAAAGGCUGGAGUCAAGAUUAUGCUAAUUAACUCCAGGUCCCAGGUCUCCUGUUGCCUGGUGACAAAGUUUCAAAGUUUCACAGUUGAGGAGGAGGAACUGGCGUGAACAGGAGUAUAUCUUCUAGCAGUUUCUUGUGACUUGUCCCUCAAACCAAUCACCACUGAAUCAGAACAACACGCUCCAAACAUACAUCCUUACUGAAAGAACAUGGCCAAGGGUGGGAAAGGCCCCAAGGGCAAGAAGAUUACCUUAAAUGUGGCCAAGAACUGUAUCAAAAUCACCUUUGAUGGGAAAAAACGCCUUGACUUGAGCAAGAUGGGAAUUACUACCUUCCCCAAGUGUAUCCUGAGACUGAAUGAUGUGGAUGAGCUCGACCUUAGCCGGAACAUGAUCAGAAAGAUCCCUGACUCAAUCUCCAAGUUCCAGAACCUGCGGUGGCUGGACCUACACAGCAACUACAUCGACAAGCUCCCUGAGUCCAUUGGCCAGAUGACUUCUCUGCUGUACCUCAAUGUCAGCAACAACAAGCUGACCACCAACGGGCUGCCUGUGGAAAUCAAUCAGCUCAAGAAUAUCCGCACUGUGAACUUGGGCUUGAACCAUCUGGACAGUGUGCCCACCACGUUGGGUGCUCUGAAGGAGCUCCAUGAGGUGGGGCUACAUGACAACCUGCUGAACACCAUCCCCAACAGCAUCAGCAAACUCCCCAAGCUCAAAAAGCUCAACACAAAGCGAAAUCCCUUUCCCAAGGUAGAGGAGUCAAGUACAUUCAUAGAUUCCAUCAAAAGGCUGGAAAACUUGUAUCUGGUGGAGGAGAAGGAGCUGUGUACAACUUGUCUGAGAAAAUGCCAACAGGCCCGGGAAAAAGUGAACAAAAUCAAGAAUAUCGCUGCAGCAACGCCGAGAAAGGCCAUCUUUUCUAAUCUGGCCUCACCCAACUCCAUGGCCAAGGAUUCCCAGGAAGAUUGGAGGAUCCGUUCAACAUCUCCCUAGAAUAGCUUUAUGGCAAAAACUUGAAGACUAAUCAGCCAACAAGAAUAAAUGACUCUGAAGAAGAAAAGCCCUCGGUUAGGAGAAGAAAAGAGUGGUAAGGGGAACAUUCUGGAAGCCAGGUUGUCUGGUGCUGGCCAAGAGACUGACUCGCUUCUUAAAUUCACUUUGCCUCACUUUGCUUUAGACCAUCUGUGUGUGAAAAUGACUUUGGAAGUACUUGGUGUAUUUUUUAUGCAUAUAGAGGAAAU